CUUCCGUUCUGCAGUGGUAGCUAACUCUCGCAUUGCUGAGUGGACGUCCGAACACGUGUUUGCGGUGUAGUAGUCCGCAGAGACACACUCACUUUGCCCGUGUCAACUCGUGCGAAGGUGUGAAAUAUAAUUCACACUAAGCAUGGUAGUCUUUACGUGUAACACGUGUGGUGAUUCGCUAAAGAAGAACCAAGUCGAAAAGCACGUUUACUCUAAAUGUCGGAGCUGCAACAUGCUUACCUGUAUCGACUGCAACAAAGACUUUUGGGGAGAUGCCUACAAGGAACACAUCAAAUGUGUUACUGAAGCAGAACGGUAUGGAGGAAAAAACUUCAAACCACAAGUAUUUAAAGGAGAAGUCAAGCAGCAAGAAUGGACCGAGCUUCUGUCAAAGAUUAUUGAAACACAAGGCAUGGCUCCACCUGUGAGAGAAGUCUUCGAAAGAAUGCAGAACUUCAACAAUGUACCCAGGAAAGAAAAGCCAUUCAAGAACUUCCUCCAGUCCAGCAUGGGAGUGCGAAACCCAUCUUUAGCUCAAGACGUCUGGCAGACCAUCCAGAAAGCCCAGCAGACUGUGCAGAAACGGCAGCCAGUAAAUAAGCAGUCUGAAAAGUCGCUUGUCACUGAUGAGAAUGCUUCAAAAAACAAGAAACCGCAGCUUUCAGGCAAUGAAGAAAGUGACCAGCAGCAAGAAAAUGGGGAACCACAGGAAGCUCUAGGUCAGGAAAGCACUCCAGGCAAGAAGAGACCACAGAACGGCACUGUUGAUGAAAAAGUUCUGGCCAAGAAGUCAAAGAGAGAGCAACAGGAUAGCACUGUGAAUGAUGUUAGUGAAGAGAGUGCAAAAAAGAGAAAACGAAAGAAGAGGCAACAAGAGGAUGCUGUUGACUGUGAAGGCAACACACAGAACGAGGAGCCAACAAAGAAGUUCAAGCAGCAGGACCAGGAGGCUGAUAAAGAGGCUGAAGGAGGUGAUGAAUCGGAAGAUAGGGUCAAGUUUAAAUGGAAGAAAGCUGUCAAGGUGGCAUUGCUGGAGGCUGAUGAACACCAACUCUCUCGGAAGCUGCUGCGAAAAAGAGUCUUCAAAGAAUGUCGCAAGAAAGGUGGGCAUCUUUCAGAUGAAGAAAUGCAGGCUAAGUUUGACAAAGUACUCUCCAACACGAGGUACUUUGAACAUGAAGGUGAUAUGGUUCGUUUGGUGCACUUAAGCAGCUAAAUAAAAACAUACUGUUGUCUCCCA